ACUUCCUUGAAGGAGAUGGUCACGUGACCUGACGUAUUUCGCGGAUGCAAGACGCCAUUUUUAAUGGGCAGUGUGCUGUGUUGUUUACGUCUCGGCGAUUUGAGGCGAGGAGGGUGAUGAGUGGUGAUUCGUGAUAUUUUGGUGAAGGCCAGUGAUGGAGAGCUCCAAAGAAACUAAAAUCAUCUACCACAUAGACGAUGAGGAAACGCCUUAUCUGGUGAAGAUCAAUAAGCCACCAGAUGCAGUGACCCUAGGUGACUUUAAAAAUGUAUUAAAUAGGCCGAAUUUUAAGUUCUUUUUCAAGUCUAUGGAUGAUGACUUUGGAAUCGUUAAGGAGGAGAUAAUUGAUGAUGAAGCGCACCUGCCAUGUAUCAACGGACGUGUCGUAUCGUGGCUGGUGUCGGCAGACGGCAGCACCAUCGACGGCUCCCAGUGCGGUGACCCGGUGGGCGCCAUGUCAGAGCUGGCCAGGCCCCCGGGAGACGCCACAGAGACAGAGUCGACCGUCAGCGGCGUCAGAGGGCACGGACACCGGCUGGGCCCGUCACUACGGCCGCCCCCGGCCGCCGGUCGGUACCACUCAGCCGGUGAGAAGCUCAACGGGCACGCACGGCACCGGGCGCGUCUGUACGACAACAGCUCCAUGCUCAGCUCGGACCUGGAGUCGACCAGCUUCUUUGACUCGGAGGACGACGGCUCGAGUCGCAUCACAUCCACCACAGGGAGCACCUCGGUGUCUCGCGUGCACCGGCGGCACCGUCGGAGAAAGCCGCGGCCGCAGCGCGGCCAGCCGGGCAUGUCGCGCACCUCCUCCUUCAGCUCCAUCACCGACUCGACGAUGACGCUCAACAUCAUCACGGUGACGCUGAACAUGGACACGGUCAACUUCCUCGGCAUCAGCAUCGUCGGGCAGAGCAACAAGGGCGGCGACGGCGGCAUCUACGUCGGCAGCAUCAUGAAGGGCGGCGCCGUGAACCUGGACGGCCGGAUAGAGCCGGGAGACAUGAUCCUCCAAGUCAACGACAUCAACUUUGAGAACAUGUCCAACGACGACGCCGUGCGGGUCCUGCGAGACGUGGUUCAGAAGCCGGGGCCGGUGAAGCUGGUGGUGGCCAAGUGCUGGGACCCGAACCCGAAGGGCUACUUCACGAUCCCUCGCACGGAGCCGGUGCGUCCGAUCGACCCGGGCGCCUGGGUGGCGCACACGGCCGCCUGCCGAGGUGAGGCCCAGACAGGUGAAUACUCGAUCGGAGCGCCAUCCUCCUUCACACCCAGUCACCACGGAGGCAAGGGCCAGUUCACCGGCGCUCGUCAGCCGUCCCUCUCAACCCUGACGUCGACCAGCUCGUCACUGGCCAGCAGUAUGCCCGAGUCAGAGAUGCCCCUCCUGUCUGCAGGACCGCCGGCCGAGCCGCUAACUGUGGACUCGGGAAUGCUGGCCGUUGCCCGCGCCAUGGCUGCGCCUGACAGCGGACUGGAGGUGCGGGAUAGGAUGUGGCUGAAGAUUACCAUACCGAACGCGUUCAUUGGCUCGGACGUGGUCGACUGGCUACACAGCUACGUAACCGGGUUCGCUGACCGGCGCGAGGCGCGCAAGUACGCCGCUCACAUGCUGCGGGCCGGCUUCAUCCGACACACGGUCAACAAGAACACCUUCUCCGAGCAGUGCUACUACGUGUUCGGAGAUCUCUGUAGCGGUUUCUCCGGUAUGAAGCUAGGCGACGAGGACGGUCUAUCGGAGGUGGACCGGGACACCCUGGGCCCGCUGCCGCCGCCCUCGUCAGGCACGCAGUGGGCCGUCCCCCACGUACCCUACAGCGGUACAUACGUACCGCCGGCGCAGGGCUACGCGCCGAUGCCGUUCAGCUAUACGAACGAGGCCGGCAGCUUCAGUCAGCGGGAAGGAGGCAGCGGCAGCGGCGGCUCCUCUGCCGGCUCCCAGCGUCGGAGACUCGAGUCGGCAGCGGCCGGCGGCGGACCGGGCGGAGGCGGCGGCUCCAGCAGCGACGGCACAGAGUCAGUAGCGACGACGGUGACCAGCCAGAGGUCGGCGGCCGUGCCGCCCGGCGCCGCCGCCGCCGCCGCCGCCGCGCCCGACGGCAGACAGCCCGACUACUUUGUGGACGUGAUGUGACGGGCGGACGCGGUCGCCACGAGUGUGUUCUAGUCUGCCCUCCGUGUCGUCCACGCCAGCGCGGGCGGGCGGCCGUCGCCCCGUCGUCUGCGCCUCUCGGCCGCCGCCGGCGCCGCCCCUGCCGCUGGGGACGGCGCGCGGCGCGGCGCUACCCCGUCUCUGUUAUGUAGUGCUCCCGUCGUCGGCGCUUCUGUCCGCAGCACGACGUCCCGCUACAGUUAGCUUCUGCCGGCGUCGCCUCCGUCGCCCGUCUUUAACUGGUUGGUUGUAUAGUCUUUGAUACAUUUAUGCUUUUGUAAGUGCGCCAGGCUGGUAUAUGGACGGCGAGCUGCGUCGGCCGACAUCUUGGUGCGUUCAUUUGUGUACUGUGUUGGGUGGGCUCGUGCACCCGACUGCCGAAUGUGAAAUACAUAUUUGCAGAAUAUCGCC